AUGCGCACCUGCAUACCGUCCCUGGGCUCCGAUCAGUUCGACGGCGACAACCCCUCGGAGGCUCGGCAGCAGUCGAGCUUCUUCAACUGGUUCACCUUCUGCCUGUCCAUCGGGUCCGUCGCCGGCCUGAUCCUCGUCGUGUGGCUCGAGGACACCAGAGGAUGGGGCAUUGGAUUUGGCCUGAGCGCCCUCUUGAUUCUCGUCGGGUUGCUGGUUUCUGCCGCUGGCCUCCCUUUGUACCGCAACCGUGUGCCUCAAAGGCAGCGCCCUAACCAGAGUCCUGCAGACUCAUCAUCGAUACUGUCUACUGCCUCCCAGGUUUUUGUUGUGGCGUUUAAAAACAGGAAGCUUGAGCUUCCUGAGAAGAUGGAGGAAACACAGCAAAAUAACAGCCUAAAAUUUCUGGACAAAGCCUGUGUGAAGACCAACACCGGAGGAGAAGGAGAUGGACCUUGGUCGGUCUGCAGCGCGGCAAAAGUAGAGGAGACCAAGAUCGUUCUACGCAUGCUGCCUCUCGUCUUCAGCUCAACGGUGGCCCACGUAUCGAGCUCUCUGCUAAUCGCGUUCACCGUCCAGCAGGGCGCGACGACGAACACGAAGCUGGGGAAGGUGCACGUCUACCCCGCGAUGCUCUUCAUCGUCCCCUCCAUCUUCCAGACGCUGAUGCUGGUGGCCUACGACCGGCUCCUCAUGCCGCUGCUGCGGCGGCGCACGGGCUACACGGGGGGCAUCACGCAGCUGCAGCGCGUCGCCAUGGGCUUCCUGGCCGCGUCCGUCGCCCCGGCCGUCGCGGCGGUCGUCGAGAGGAAGAGGAAGGGCACGGUGGCGGCCGGCGGCCACAUCUCCCUCUUCUGGCUGGCGCCACAGUUCUUCCUGAUCGGCGUGGAGGACACCACCGCCUUCGUGGGGCUGCUCGAGUUCUUCACCGCCGAGGCGCCCGACGGCAUGAAGUCCAUCGGCGUGGCGUUCUUCUGGUGCCAUGCCGGGUGCCAUGCCGAGAUGGCCUCGCUGCUGGGCACGCUGCUGGUGAGGCUGGUGAACAGGGUCACCCACAGCAGCAGUGCACCUGGGUGGCUGGAGGGGAAGGACCUCAACAGCAGCCACCUUGAUCUCUUCUACUGGGUUGUCACGGCUGUGUCAUUUCUUGGCUGGCUCAAUUACCUCUACUGGGCCAAGAGGUACAAGUACCGACAGGAUCGACGGAUUUCCACCAAGUCCCCCGAUGAGGACGGCUAUAUGCCUUGA